AUGGCUUCAUUUUCGUUUUCAGUACCGAGUAAAGCUCCACAAGUAAAUGUUACUUCACCAAGUUCAACCGAACUGAGGGUCACCUGGAAGCCAAUCGAUAAAAAGUAUUUACAUGGCAUACAUAGAGGUUAUUGUCUGUAUUGUGAUGAAACACCCGUGCGGCGAUUGGAUAACGUCGUUAUGCUGGAACUCACCAUACGAGAUCUCCGUCCUUAUACGAAACACUAUGUCCAAGUUGCAGCAAGAACAACCCCAGGUUGUGGAGUUAAAAGUCGAAGAAUGCCAUUCUUCACUAUGGAAGAUAGUAAGUUGAAUUUAAUUAAGGUCUGUCCACACCACACGAUAAGUCGUGUACGAUUCUCAUUCUGAUGUAUGAAAAUUACUGCUGACGCAACAAUUCCUGUUCAUUUGGUUAAAUAUUACAAAAUUUGAAAUGCAACCACUAAUUAAGCGUGCUUAUAUUCGAUUACAUACGCCAAAUGAAGUCAUAUAUUUAGUUCAAAGAUAGCAAUUCUUAUCUCUUUAUAUGUCAUUAUGUUUUCAUCUGUUUCCGUCAUUUUCCCUUUCUUUUCACCAUACAAGCGCGCUCGUGCCAGUCUUCUACCUCAUCACACAUGGAUCAACGCCAGGAUCAGCGCGUUUCCCUGCCUGUGUUUUAGAGGACCCUGAUAUUAGAAAAAGGUGGACAUGGCGAAUAAAUAUAGCUCAGUGGCAUAGCUGCAUAUACUUGUUGACCUUGUCUACCAUUGCGCCAACGAAGCCCAAUUAUGAAUGUCCAACCCCCUCCACCACUGCGGUGAAUAUUUAUAACUAAUUCCUAAUUAUUUUUAUUUUAUAUCACCAGAGCCAGAUGCACCUCCACAAGAUGUUACUGCUCACAAUACGAGUUCAACCAGUUUGCGUGUGGACUGGAAGGAAGUAAAUAAAACAGCACAAAAUGGAAUUAUAUUGGGUUACAACAUCACAUACACCAUGCGCCCAAAUGGUUCGACUAAAACUGCCAAUGCGCCAGCUAAAACAUUUUAUUACGUAAUAUCUUCCCUGUCAGUUUGGACACUGUACAGUGUGAGUGUGGCUGCUUACACUAAAGUUGGUUCAGGACCUGCAGCAUCUGUUCAAGUCUCUACGGAAGAAGGAGGUGAGUAUUCACAGAAAUACAUUACUCUGAGAUGAAAUAUAUCCAAGAUUGCAUCAUGUCGCUGCUUUUCAUUGCUUUCCACAGCACACUUUGAACAAGGGAAUUUCUGAUGAAAUGUAACGUUGAUGUUGUCUUUUUUAGCUCCUACGGUCGCUCCUGAAAUCGUGGUGGCUCAAAACACAAGUUCCUCUAGUAUAUACAUACAGUGGCGUGAAAUCAAUGAAAGAGAAUAUGGCAUUCUUCUGGGUUAUCAAAUCACUUAUAAAGCAUUGGAUUAUAAUGAAGCAAAACUGGUGGUCAAAACAGUUUCAUUAACUGCUAGUAGUUACACGAUGACAGGGUUAUUACUUUAUUGGCGUUACGACAUAAAAGUCGGUGGUUAUACUAGACCAGGCGUCGGCAAGGUUGCUACAACAAUAGUUCGCACUGAUGAGCACAGUAAGUGGAAAGUAGCCUUAUUUAUUUAUAUAUAUAUAUAUAUAUAUAUAUAUAUAUAUAUAUAUAUAUAUAUAUAUAUAUAUAUAUAUAUAUAUAUAUAUAUAUAUAUAUAUAUAUAUCGAGAUGUUUGGGCAUCUGGUUCGGUAGGACUAAUAGUAGAUUUGUGAUUAAUAAGGCAUGCUUAGCAACUGGACUCUGUAGCCCAGUUGGUAAGAGUGCUGCACCGGAAUCGCAGGAAAUUCACCCAAUCCAUCAACAAAACCAUUCUAAAAUUAGUCCUAUCGAGUGCAAGAAUCAUAUUUCGUAUAUUAUGCAUGAACUUGUGGUUAGAGCUUGACAACCGGACUCUGUAGCUCAGUUGGUUAGAACGCUGCACCGGAAUGGCAGGUUCGAUUCCUGCCUGCCUGCCUGCCUGCCUACUUGCCUGCCUGCCUGCCUGCCUGCCUGCCUGCCUGCCUGCCUGCCUGCCUGCCUGCCUGCCUGCCUGCCUGCCUGCCAGAGGACCUAUAGUUGCAUUUUUGGCAACUAGUCCUGGUUGUAAGUUCUUUAGUCCUGGUUGGGUCUAAAAUGUAUAUAAUAGAUUUGUGCUUCAAAAGUCCAUCUACCUAUUUAUAGUAUUAUGCCCAUAAUCCGUCAGACAGAUCAUAUAUACCAUUCUUAUUGGAAACACAAGACCAUACUGUCCAUAUUAACUAUGCUGGUAAUAAUUCUAGGAACAGAUCGUGCCAGACAUUUUAUUGAUACUUCGUCAAAUGCUCUGUUUAGUGUAGAUAAUAGUAUGGUUUCGAAUGCAAUGAUUUGGAAAAAACAUGCACAAGUGAGUUUUUCAAAGACGAGCACAAUUUGAAUUCUUUGAAAACUCAAAAGUGUAUGUUUUUCCAACUAGAAAUAGUACUAUUACUUGAAAGCAUACAUGAGAAAAUUAUGAGGAGGGGGACGGGAGCACCACAAAUAUCAGCGCACACACACUUUUCCCCCACGCACACACACUUUUCCCCCACGCACACACACUUUCCCCCCACGCACACACACUUUCCCCCCACGCACACACACUUUUCCUCCACGCACAUACACUUUUCCCCCACGCACACACACUUUUCCCCCACGCACACACACUUGUCUGCCCAGAAAGCAACUUGAGUACAAUAAUGCACCCACAGUGACAAUUUAUGAACAAUUUUUUGAGGAAAAUUUACUCAAUUAGCCUUUCUCACGAAGGCCAAAAUCCGUCAUGUAAUGUAAUGUAAUGUAAAACUUUAUUUCAAUACGCUAACUUCGACAAUUAUUUACAACUGGUUUCCACGAAGGGCGUAUACACACAAAGAGCUAAAUGUUAAUUAUAUAUAGAACAAAAUAUGUAAGAAUCCCACCCUAAAAUUUUAUCAUCUUCCUCCCAAACCUCCACCCCUAAACAAGUACCCACCCACCCUCACGCAAAACUAACCCCCCUCCCGCCCACAAUCUAUAUUGUCCUCCCAUCAUUUGGUCCUGGAGAAAUUAGCUUAUCAUCUGCUUAAAUGCAAUUUCGCCAUUGUUUUAAAUGGCGUAAUUGACUCAGCCGCCUUGACAUCUUGCGGCAGACUAUUCCAUAGAAUUGCUCCACUGUAUCCAAAUGUUUUCUUUAGAAAUUCCGUUUUCGGUUUUUUUAACGAGAGAUCAGUUUCGCUAUUGCGUAAAUCAUAAAUAUUCUGCGAUGCAUUUCUCCGAGAAAAAGAUCUUUAAGGUUUGGCGCAGUGUGGUUCCCCAAGACUUUAUACAUCAAUACUAGCUUGUUUUGUUCUCGUCUCCUAGCCAGGGUUUCCCAGCCUAAUUUGUUUAGGACUUCAGACGAUCUUACAUCGUAGUCAGCUCCGGUCAGCUCAUUAUCUUGGGUACUGUCUGCCCUCGUGAAAGAUUCUAGAUAAAAAGUUGUAUUUCGUAGUGCGGAGACUCCAGAAAAUGUAGGAGAAGCAGUACCACAAAAAUGGCGGAAUAAAGGUUAAUUGUUUGAGUAAAAUUUCAGAGUUAAUCAAUAUUUUGAGCAACCUUGUACCCAGGGACUUUCCUCUUGGGGAGCAAAGACCCUUAUAGACGCUGGUCAGGUGAUCAUGAUCUGCUAAAAUCUAGCAGAUUUUUAAUUAGCAAUCCAAGAUCAGGUCAAUAAACAUUUGAUAUUUGGAUUAUUUUGAUAGUUUAAUUUAUAAUUUGCAUUUUGUAUGAUUGUCGUAAAGAAAACCAAAAUAGUUAAUUAGAAAUCUGCUAGAUUUUAGCAGAUCACGUGACCAGCGUCUACCAGGGUCUUUGCUCCCCAAGAGGAAAGACCCUGGGUACGAGGAAGAUUUACUUUAUUAAAAAAUGAGUAAAUGUGCUCAUGCAUUUGAGUAAUUUUACUGACGUUUUUGAGUGAAAAUUGUUGCAAUGUUUUCACGAGAACAUUACUAGGGACCCCAUUGCCCUCGCAUGAUCUGAGAUUAUAGAAUAUUAGAUCGUACAUGCUUACAUGUACAUACAUACAUAUUUAUUAGUUAUCUCAAAACAUGAGCUUUUCAUAACUAAUUUACAAAUGAUUUUAUAACUAAUUUACAAAUAAUUUCUAAAAGGAAUUAAGUCUAUAAGUUAUACAUGCAAUAGUUAAAAGGAAAGAUUACAAUCUAGGUACUUUUUAAAAAUAUAUUAAGAAAUUGUUUCUUAAGAUAAUGUUUAAAAUGUUCAAUUGAGGACAACUGUUUGGCAGUUGGGCUGAGCGAUGCUAUUGUAGUAAUGAGAAAAUCUUUUCAUUGUUUAUCUAGUACCAGGACGUUCCCCAGAAAAUGUUAAAGGCGAAGCGGAAACAUCAACCAGUAUUUAUGUCAAUUGGGGUAAAGUCGCUUCAAAUUUCGUUCAUGGAAUAUUACUGGGCUAUAACUUGACAUUACGGGAAACAAGGGACAUGUCCAAGUUAACUCUAUACGAAUUCGUUAAACAAAAUGAAGUUCCAAAAUAUUUGGAGAAUUUAAAGAAGUAUACAGAAUAUACAAUAUGGGUUAGAGCAGUGAAUUCUAAAGGUCAUGGGCGACUAAAUAGUCCUGAGGGUUACCAAGUCAGAACAAAGGAAGAUGGUAGGUGUUUUUAUUGAUUUAACUCUCCAAACUGUUCACCUUUUCUUUUAGCUAGUAGCUAGUUUCAAAGCCAAAAUAAUAACAAAGUCGUUUUAUGCUCUUUUUUACUUCUGACACUACAGUAUAUUAUUUUCAUAUUUUGCCAUAUUUUGGCGGCCUACGAUAACCUAUAUGCUGAAAUAAAUAUCUAAACGUCAAUGCAUUUACAGUCAUAUCAGUUAGGUGAAUGUUUAUGGGCGCCCCAGACUUCUGACUCACAAGAUUAUGAGCGCCAUUUGACUUAAUUUAUUUAUAGUAAAUUAUAAAAUUACUAAGUUAAAUUUUCUCAGGGGGUAGGGGCAGUCAGUUGCCCCUGCUGCCCCCGCUUCUCUGAUAGUAGAGACCUUACGAUAUUAGGACGGCAAAUAGAUCACUGAAAAUAAUUGAAUAAUUACAAUAUAUGAAUAAUCUAGACAUUGUUCUCGCUCUGUUUACAACGCCAAAUCACAGAUUUUCACGUCUUGCUACGACGGCUGCAUUCCAAGCCGCAACAAGUGCAACUUCAAACUGCGUUUAGCAGAACUCUUCCCAACCAUAAAACCCAUAUCUUCAACUUCUAAAACUCUAUUAAAUUCAUACGAUUGAUAAUAUACUACGAACUAUCUUUACUACCAUUUAUUUGAAGGAGUUUGUUUUGGCCGUCGCCGUCGCGUUGCCGUCCUAAACUCGUAAGGUCUCUAGUGAAUAAAGCUCAAAACCCUUCAACCUUCAAGGGUUUUACACUACAUUACCAUUAUGCUCCAAUCCAAUAUUUUAACAAACGUUUACUCUAAUAUUUAAUUAAGUUUAAUAGAGUGGAGCGUCUAAUACAAAUUGAAUUAUGGGUCGAUUACACUCAAAGCAUACUGCCGAUUUGCAGCAUAUUCCCACGAUUUAAUUAUCGUUCUACUUGUGUGUGUGAUUUGAUUUCAUUUUCACAUUUUUUUCAGCACCGGAAGCUCCACCGUCGAACAUAAGAGUUGUAAAUACCUUGGGCUCGAUUUCAUCUUUGAACUUGGAGUGGAAUAGAAUUCCCGAAGACAAAGCUAACGGUAUAAUCCGCGGUUACUUCGUUGAGUACACCGCGGUCAUCUUAAAUGGCCAGCAGAUAGAGCUUGGAAAACAAGUAACAAAAACAUUUCGCGUGAGAGGAAAUCGUUAUGCUACAAUAGUGAAAGAUCUUAUUCCUGGAUCGACUUAUCAUAUAAAGAUGUUUGGUUAUACUAUCAAAAAUGGAACGAAGAGCAGCAUUGUUAUUGGAGGUAAUUAAUUAAAAAAUUCCAUUUUAAAUAUUAAAAAGCAUAUUAAAUUAGCCUUUCUAACGUUAUGCGACCAGGGGCCGGUUGUAUAAAACUCUUAAUCACUUUUUUAAUCACUAUUUUGUAGUUAAAUAGUGAUUAACUCUCAAAUAGGCGCUUCUUAUUGGAUGACGUUUGCACUUAAUCAUAGUUAACUUUAAUCACUUUUAUAUACGGCAAAAUGUGAAGGAGUGAAUUUACUGAAGAAGAAACACAGUAUUGUUGUUUAUGAGUACUAUUUACUGCGCUUAAUUAAUCACUCCUUUAUUCUUGUCAUCCUUUGUUCUUGCGCGAUUUGCCAUCCAAAAAUGGGGCCAAGACCUGAUCACAUGGCUUGAUAAAGGUUAAUUUUGUCUGUCGAUAAUAUUAAAGAGGUUCAAAUACGACUUCAAUGCACUGCCACUCUCGUGCUUAAUACGCAUUUGAUUGGUUAAUCAAGUAUAUUAAUUUCAUCUGCUUGGUUAAUCUGAAACCUCUGUACAUGCAAAGGACAUUUCUUGAGCUACAUGUUCAAAUUUCGUUCAAAGAAUUUUUCCUUGUUCUCUCCAGGGACUGAAAAAGUAUGAAAAUAUUUUUCAUAAUUUAUCUAAAAAUGAUUGAAGCACCACAAGUUCACAAAGCCAACCACCACCAUUUCAGAAAAGAUAUUUUUCGUGUUUUACACAACACUAUUUAUCUAUGCUACUUUAAGUAAUAUUUCAAAUCCGAGUAUGAGGACUGGACCAGAUUUCAAGUUCGAUCAAGUUUCUAGGACUGGAUCAAUAUACUUCACCAGGUAUCCAGUAUUAUCAUGUGAACAAAAUAAAGCAAUAUUAUUGGCUAAAUAAACCACUGGCAUAAACAAAAAAGUAUUUUAGGAAUUAUUUUCCUGUAGAGUAAAUGAUCUCAUGGUUGUGGCAUGUCCAAGGUUGAAAACGAAGAAAACUAUUUUGCAGGGCAUGAAUCCCACUCGGAAUUUGUCUGUAAACAUUUUUUGCCCGGAGAGAGUGGGAAAACCGGGAAACAUUUGACGAAAGACCAUAAUUUUCAUAUGUUUUAGUAGCAAUAUUUUUCAGUUUGCCCAGCCUUAAAUAUUGAUUUUCUUAUAGAGACUUGUAAAUGUCCCGAGUAUCUAAAAGUGAACUGGUGGAGAAUUCCUCCGUAUACAGAUGGUAAUGUGUUGGAUCCAGGUGGCAUAUUUUCCCGCGCAGUUCAGAUGAUGUUAGACAUGUGUGGAACAUGUAAAAAUGGUCAUGGCAGGACUAAAGCCUGCUAUCGUCCAGGGUGUGAUCAGCAAUCUUCUCGCAGGCGUCGUGCGGUGGACACAUACCAACAAGAAACUUUUCAACAAGUACUAAACAACAUCAAAGACAACGUGGAUAUUAGUUUUCCAAUCCAAGGGAAUAAGUAUACGACCCAUUAUGGCGGAGUAUUUCCUUACAUUUCAGUAGUGGAGACUUCAGGAUCAGUGUAUUUCACUGUGAAAAACAUCCCUUCAACCGCCCACGUUCUCGUUAACGCUGCCUUCUAUUCAAUUCCGUUGCUGAUUCUUAUCACUCUCUUAUCGGGUCUCGCUGGAAUCAUUAUUUGGGCUUUGGUAGGUGCUAUUUAAUAUACGUUUUCAUUAUGAACAUACUGAACCAACCUAACUAUAUUUAUACUGAAUAGAAUUACUGAAUAGCUCAAUCGGUUCUACAAUGUUUUCCUCAGAGACCAACGCCGGUUUUUGGUGGAAAUGCUGGAAUUUUAAGAGCCCCCCCCCUAAACUCAACUACGUGACGUAUGCUCGCAUAUACUACUGUACAUACGUAUCAGUGUACCUACGUAUUAUGACCGUACGACUCCCCUUCAUGUAUACAAAGUUUCUUUCGAAACAUUGCAUUUAAAGGGGUACUUGACACUGUCACUGUUUCACUGUUUCAAUUUUACAGAAAAACUUUCUUACAAAGUGUAGACCCCAUUAAAGCAACACAUAAAAAAUUGUCAUGCAUCCGUCCAGGCACAGUUAGAACGGAUCGUUUUUAGUCCAAUCUCACUACGGUACGAAACCUAAAUCAUUUGAUUGCCGAAUGGCUCAAAUAUACCUCCCGUAUAUCAUUCUGGAUUACUCUGUCCAGUACAGUAAGGGUUAGCCCGUAUUAAAUCAAGUGUUGAUAAUGUCAAUGAUACAGAAUGAGGUUCAUAGCACUUAGGCAAAUUUUAACCAGAAAACUGCAUUUUUUUGGCAAUAGUGGCAUCAGGAAUUCCCUGACAGAAGGGGCUAAUAAAAGACGUAUUUCCUGCAUUUAGAGGAUACUUUGCGACAAAAUACAAGUAUCUGCAACGGUGUGUUUAACAGUACUGCCAGACAUGCCCGUUAGAAAACACUGUUUCUUCCUCAACAAAAUGCUAAUUUUCCCCCUUUCUUGCACCGCUUGACUAUGAGACUUGUUUUAUUUACUAUAGGAACGUUCCUCCAAUCCAACAAGUUUUCCCUUGUCCUUUACGAAAGGAUUGAGAGAAGGAUUUUGGUGGGCUUUCAUAUCCGCUAGUACCGUUGGGUAGGUUUAACAAGAGUUUGGCUCGCCAUAUAUCUUAAUUACUACUUAUGAAUGGCGACGCUUUUGUGAAAACGUUUCAGAAAAAUUUGCUAUUCUUGGCAGGCCUUGCCUGGAAACGUGCUCGAUUGAGCACAUGCGCCUAAAACCCGUUUUCUACUAGGUAUUCGCGCGACUUGUUCAUUUGUCGGCGUCGCUUAUGCUGAUUGUAUGAGUGAUGCCGAUAAAGGAAAGGUUUCUUCGAUCGCGCGAACAAAUCCGCCUAGUGGAAAAGGGCGUUCCUAAACAUAUGUUUCCACGCGUCUUUAGUCAAGGGUCUUUUUCCAUGAUGGGGCAAGGCCUACAUAAAUUAUGUGAUUGACGAGCAUAACAUUUCACUAAAAUAUUUUUAGUAGGCAAUAUUAGAUAUUUCUAUAUAUUGUUCCCCCAAACCUGUUGUCCGGCUGUAACAGACUUGCCACAAGUUGUUCCAAGACUAAUACAGCCUGUUUGUAACAAGUGGCUAGGAACUUGUUGUCAUCAACUUAACAUCUUGUUACGUGCAGAUGAUAUCAGACUUGUUGGAACAACUUGUUGCGAGUGUGUUGGCCUCAUUAACCUUGCUUCAAGAUGAUGACAACUUGUCAGUAACUGGGAGAAAGCAGUGCGCACACAUCUUGUUACUUUCGCUCGCAGAAAUAUCGCAUAAUAUAAAGCUUACUUUGGGAGCGCGAGCCAGCUUGUUGCUAUUUGACAUGAGUUUUCUUUUGCGAACGUGAAAAAAACCCUGGGUAACCAAUUCCUGACAAACUACGAGAUUUGUAUACGGGUGUACAUUUCGAGGCACAUUUAAUAAACUCUGCAUGGUAAACCAUUAUACUAUAUAUAAAUAUACUAAAGCGCUUCUCUGGUGGCGAGCCAUGCCUGACAUCCAACCUUAUACGCCUUGAUUCUUGUGCGUAAUAAUAUUUUUAGCUAAUCGUCAUCGUUAUAUUUUCACGUAGUUAUGGUGACCGUCGACCAGUCACGAUUCCCGGCAAGUUGUUUGCGAUCAGUUGGAUACUUGUUGGUUAUGUCAUAAUCACAUUACUUACCAGUUUAAUGGUCAAUUCAAUCACUUCCGUUCUUGUCACACAACGUACGAGCAUCUAUGGAGCUAAGGUGAGUAUACUACAUGACAUUUUUUCGUCGAUGCAAAAUUUGGGGAGCCAUAGACCGAUUCGAAAAAUGGUGUUAUUGUUUUUUCUUCCCAAAAAUGCCAAAAUUAAUUCCAACCAAGAUGAUUACUGCCGCCUUAUUGAAUACUUCAAGACUAUCAGUUUUUAUAAAUAUAUAAUACCAUGUAUUCUCUUUGAGAAACUAAAAUGCCGGACAUUUCAGGUAGAUUUAGCAAACAGGCCUGACUAGCCUCGUUUUGGUGCUUUCUGCGCAUUUCAAAAGGCUAUAAUUACGCUUGCAUGGAUUGUUUUCAGUCUUAAACUCUUACACUUUGUAAGUAACAGACUCUGUUGAAAAAUUGCUUAAUAGCUUGGUAAUACAUAAAAUAUAAUUUUUUUGAAAAUUAUGGUAGCUGGUUUCGAAUCGGUUAAUGGAGCGAUGCUAUACUUCCAUACUCUUUUAAAAAGAGCAAUUCCAAAAAUCAUGUGGAGACAGUGGAAAGCUGAAGUUACUGGCCAACAACUCUUAUUUAGCUAUACUUCUAACCAGGAGCAGUUGCGAAAAAUACAACUGUAGGUUCUGUGGCAGGAAUCAAACCUGCGGUCCUACGAUUCCGGUGCAGCGCUCUUGUCAACUGAGCUACAAAGUUCAGUUGUCGUGCACUAACCGUAUGUUCAUGUAUAUAUACUUAAGGUGAUUCCAUAUUGUGGUAAGGUUCAUGCAUGGGUAUGAACAUCAGGGUAAUCUCAUCAACACCCUUCAACAUUAGUUCAAUCGAGUGUGAUGUCCAAAAAAUGCUGAUAUUUAGUUAUGGCUGCUACCCUCCACAAAACUAAAAUCUGCAGGCAUGAAGUUGACGCUUCUAACUUCAAAGACAAAGAUAUAUGAAGCCAACUUUUGGGUAAAUGAUUCUAUUUUUUUCAUUUUAGGUUGCCGCCGUACAAAAUUCCACGGAAUACGGCAAAGCUAUACGUCAAAAUGGCAAGGGUGAGUAUCAUAAGCCAAUAUCGGACGCAAAAUAUAAUUAUUUCUGCUCACUGUGCUCGCUAUAUAACUGGAGAGACGAUACUUGUAGUAUACGAUUAUAUAAACUGGUGUAUCAAAUUUCGCCGUAAACUGAUAAACAGGAAUAGUGGCGUCAGCAGUCAUUUUCAUACGCCAGAAUGACAAUCGUACAUACGACUAUAGUCGUAUCGUGUAUAAAUGGACCUUUAAUGACCGUAUAGAACACAGUUUUAAUUGCCGUUCAUUCUCGUUUCUAUAGUGUGUUAGAAAUUGCAAAGUUAUUUCCUAGCUUUCAGUUCAUACACAAAUUCACCUCCAAACUUUGCCUGUGGCUCCAAAUAGCAUUCCUGGUCUUUUUUCAGUUCAGUAGUUGCGUCUGCGCCAUAUAUGAUUUCCGAACCCUGCAUGGGCUAAACUUUAACCCGCUAAAAUUUAACCCAGGUCGGUUUGUUUUAUAAUUAUCUUUUGAGAUGAUGCUAUUCUGAGUGUGUCCACACCUGGCAAGCCAGUGAAAUGUUUGCCCGACCGCGGUGGGAAUCGAACCCGCGACCCACCUGAUGAACCUGAGUAUAUACACCACUGCAAUAAUUACAUAAAUGAUUGUUUUAUAUUCAGCCAAAAGAUAGCAGGGAAAAUAUUCUAAGUUUACAGGAUUGAGCUAACCGCCUUUCGAACAACUGCCCGGCCCUGAUCAUUAUUUCACUCUAUACUUAUUUAGAAAUUAUUUUAUUUUUUAGUGCAACCAUUUGGUAACGUUGACGAGGUGAUCAACGCCUUAAAAGAUAAGGUUGUUGACGGCGCAAUAAUGGACAUGUACGCUGCUGCAACCAGGCAAGACUUAUUUCAAAGUGGGGAUGUAGAACUAAGCAGACAAAUCGAAUAUCCUUCUGGUUAUGGGAUUGUUCUGUCCGGAAGAAUGAAAGACUCGGCGCCAAUGAUAAAUGAGUAUUUUAAAAAGAAAGCGCAAGUUCUGCUCGAGUUUAUUCAAAAUAAUACCGACAUUGUUACUCAGGUAUUGGAUCAAUCUCUCUAUUUUUAACCACAAUUUUUAUCGAUCACGUUGCACGAAAAAUGAAAAGAUUAUUUCUUUCGAUUGUACCCUAAAACAGUGUAGUUUAAAGACGAAAAUUGUACAGUUUGUACAGUUGUACAAAUCGGUUUCAUGCAGUGCAGUUCAAUGCGGCGAAGGAAUUAAGUGUGCAUGCCAAUCUAACGAUCGAGAUCACUGAUUUUAAAAUCUAGAUCGAGAUGCACAAUAUAUCAUUGCCAUCCAUAUACCUAACACUGCAUGACAUCAUCUUACUAUAUAUAUACAAGAACUUACGGUUAGUGGUAGUGGUAGGGGUAGGGGUAGGAGUAGGAGUAGAACUUUAUUUAUUCACGCUGACCCCGUCAACCGUAGCUGAUUUCCACAGGGGGCGUGUGCCAGAAAAUUAUUUUACAUGCAGAAUAUGAUAAGGAUAAGCUAAGUUAUUACAGUAAUAUAUAAAUUUAAAAGAGCUAUUUACAGGUAAGUUAUAUUUACAAAGGUUACCAAGCACUAAUGUGAGCAGCGAUUUUAUUUUGAAAGGAAGAAAGUGACUUGCUUUCCCUAAUUUCUUUUGGUAUCCAGAUGAUCUUGAUACGCGGAAAAGUACUGGCACUAGUUGUCAAAUAGAAAUCCAUUUUAUGAUUAAAACAACUGAAUAUCUCCUGUAAUAUACUUUAUUUCGAUUCCAUAUUUUUGUCAGAACUAGAGUUCUCAUAACCAGACAUAAUUACAAAAUUUCAACUAGUUUCAUAAAGAAUAACGAAAGAUAUAAUUGACUGAAUACAUCAAAAUGGAUUUCUAUUCGGACAACCCUUUCUGAGCGCUGAUUGGCUAAAAUACGAACACGAGAUCACCUGGAUAGAAUUCCAAGGCCUCAGGUUCGAUCUCUGCCGGAGGGCAUAAAGUUGAUUUUUUCGCAGCUGCUACUCGGUUAGAUCUAAAAUUGCCUUUCGUUAUCAAAAAUUCUAUCUACUAGAAAAUUUCAUAUGCUAAAACCGCAUCUACUUUCAGGGAACCUUGGUUGAGGGCUCAAAUUUUUCUGCUAAAGAUUACAAUAUAAUAUUAUACGGAACUGUCUUUAAGAAGUGUUGUCAUGCAUAUGAAGCAAUAUGGCUUUAAGACUGAUAAGGCAUACAAGAUAAAUUCUGAAGUAGUCAUAAUAGUUCCAGUUUUACAGGAUUAAAAACAAAUUUCCUACUGCAGGCUAUAUGAAUAUUUUCCUUGCGAACUAUUCCCCCGUAAUUUAGGUAUCGAGUUAGUAAAUUAAUUAGGUAUCUAGUAAUUUAGAUAAUCAAUCAAUGUAAUUUUCGGAAUUAGAUCAAACAUCGAAAAAACGUCUGAAAAUUUCUGCAAAAAUGUAAAUCCCCCAAAAAUUUCUGGAAACUAUACAUUCCCACGUUCCACCUCUGUUACAUUCCAUCCCCCUUUCCAUCCCCCACCGCCUUCUCUCUACAGAUUUGCCUUACCGCGUCUUAUGAAUUUCUAGAAACAAAAUCAAGCGCAAGAAAGAGCAGAGAAGAAGUCAGGAAUAUUUGACGCAACAUCUGGUGCUUAUAAAGUGACAAUUAUUGUGAUAACUUCCUUGCUCGCUGCAUCUCUUGUCGGGGGAUUGUUCUGGCAAUACAAUUACCAUGCCAAGGCCGUGAAGAUUCGAGACGAACUACGAAGUAAGUGUUCAUUUACCAAGCUGUCUCGACCUGUGGGCUGAACAUAGCUUCCUCCCGCGCAGGCCUCUCUAUGGUUUUUUUCCUGCGAAUGGGUUUUGAAAAGAAAAAAAAACUUUUUCCGACCACCCCAUUCCUCGGGUGAGAUGACUGCGGAGGAGGCUAUAGGAUGAACAUUUCUGUUCGCUUGUUAUAUUGAUAUGAGAUUUAAUACCUCAUACCACUGAUCACUUCCUUUGCAUUUAUGUUUUUGCUGAUGAAAUACGAUAUUUAAAUUGUGUCCUGAUUAUUCUUACUUUAGAUUCAACACCUGUGUAUGGUUACUAUAAACAUUUGCGGGAAGAUGUGCGAGAUUCGUGCGAAGACCAUUUUAAAGACCUCAUGAGCAAGCUUAGUAAGCUGAGAAAGAAACACAUGAAAGAGCUGAAGUUACUAGCAAAAUACUACAAGGAGUCUGGACAUCCUUGGCCUGUAGUCAGGAGUUUCAGGCCUGCAUCAACUAGCGCAAGUAGUUUUACUCGUAUACGAAAAAUGACCGCUUCAGUGACACCAUCCUUGAAUGAUCGCCACAAUAUUGCGUUACAAGUCUUGGACGUUGAGACAGAGCAUGAAAAACAGCGUUCAAAAGAUUCACAAGUUUAGAAAAUGAUAACUGGAACUUACUGCCGCAUUUACACGUUCAGAUCCCAAUAAAUUCGAACUUGUCACAGCAAUAUAGCUUCAAAAUCAAUAAACUUUUUGGCUGCAUGUUAAACCAACUAGAGCACUGAAUAAUUACUUUAUAUAUAGUGAAUAGUUUUUCGCGAUGAAACUUUUAUUGACUUUAAUUUGGUUGUAUAUAGGAAUACUAAAACAGCAAUGCUGUUGCUAUACUUUAAAACAUUUUUGUGAAACAUCCGUUCUUUAUAGUUUGCAUGCAUAAGAAACGCGUCUGGUAAAUCACAGCCUAUCAAGUUGCGAUGGUCAGGAAACUUAACAGAAGUCAUUAUGUUUAAGUUAAUUUGUGCACGGUGAUUGAGAGCUCAUGGUAUUUUCGUAUAAUGAAGUAAUCGUCCAGUCGGAAUAGUUGAGGUGAAACGUGCAACCACGAUGAAUAAUAUCUAAUGAAAUUGAGAAUUGAUUUGUGCACGGUGAGGUACAGUUCAACAUCAAACAAAGGUCUUCUAUUCGCUCACGGUGAUUGAGCUCAUUGUAUUUUCGAAUAAUUACGUAACCGUCCAAUAGGGAUAGCUGAGAUGAAACGUGCAGUCAUGAUAAAUAAUAUUUCAUGAAGUUGAGACAAAGGAUUUGUGCACGGUGAGGUACAGUUCAACAUCAAACAAAGCUCUUCUAUUCGCUCACGGUGAUUGAGCUCAUUGUAUUUUCGAAUAAUUACGUAACCGUCCAAUAGGGAUAGCUGAGAUGAAACGUGCAGUCAUGAUAAAUAAUAUUUCAUGAAGUUGAGACAAAGGAUUUGUGCACGGUGAGGUACAGUUCAACAUCAAACAAAGCUCUUCUAUUCGCUCACGGUGAUUGAGCUCAUUGUAUUUUCGAAUAAUUACGUAACCGUCCAAUAGGGAUAGCUGAGAUGAAACGUGCAGUCAUGAUAAAUAAUAUUUCAUGAAGUUGAGACAAAGGAUUUGUGCACGGUGAGGUACAGUUCAACAUCAAACAAAGCUCUUCUAUUCGCUCACGGUGAUUGAGCUCAUUGUAUUUUCGAAUAAUUACGUAACCGUCCAA